AAGUCUAUUGCUGUGUUGUCGGUGUUAGAGUGCAUGUUAGUCGCCCGCCUGUAGGCUGUGGCAAGAGAUGAAGGUCCGUGCGAUACCCUAAGGAACUUCGAAAGGAAAGCACUAUCGAUACUCGGACACCAACAACCAUGAGUUGCCACAAUUGCGCCAGGACGACGCUGAGCCUGUUCAUCCGCUCUUUCGUACCCACCGAAAAGGUCUUCGCUGCUCAACGACCGCUCUCCCGUCCGCAACAAUCGCGGUUCUCGACCGACGCGCGCCGACUACGAAAAGUUGGACCCAUAAUACCCACCGCUGAACCACAAACAGCGGAACCGAAAGAAGUCGAGAUAGAAGAUGCUCUCACGGGAGAGUUCGAGCGAGAGCAAAGGCGCGAACGUCCAGCAUGGGCUGUACAAAAGGAAGCGCUGAAAGAGAAGCUGGGAGGCGAGGCAUGGAAUCCGCGCAAGAAGUUGUCGCCCGACACCAUGGAAGGCAUACGGCAUCUGCAUAGCACACAACCCGAUAAAUUCACCACACCCAUUCUCGCGCAACACUUCAAAGUCUCGCCCGAAGCCAUUCGCCGCAUACUGAAGAGCAAGUGGCAACCUUCCGACGCAGAAUACGAGGCUAGGAUGGAGAGAUGGAAUAAACGUGGAGAGAGAAUAUGGUCCAACUUGGUGGAGAUGGGUGUUAAGCCGCCCAAGAAGUGGAGGGAGAUGGGCGUAGGUCGGGCUGAGAAUGGGGAGGCGCCCAGGUGGAAGUCAAGAGAUCGGAAUCAGGUGGACGUUAGGGACAGCGUUCAUGACGACUUUAAGGACUUUGUUCCGGACGAGGAGCUUAUACCGACUGUGGGCAAGUCUGGGAGGUCGAAACCGACGACCAGCCGUGUGCCACUUUUUGAAAGAUUAUAAUUAUGGAAUGUGGUAGUCAUUGAUGGGAUUCUUGGUGUUUGGUGUUUGCGCCCAGGCACAGAGAUGCAGAACGUACGUCUGCUUCUCGCCUUUGGGGGCUGCAACCCACUUCGGACGGCAGAACUCAUCUGACAAUAACAAAACCAUCUACCAGAGAACCUACUGUUGUGUUUCGCACCACCAUGCAUCUUAGCGAAUGAUUCUGUUCGAUCGCUCGGAGGUAGUGUCGAAGUCACCAUCAGCCUGGAAACUAACUCUAGAUUGCUUCCGUCCGGAACUACACUUCCACGAUGUCAUAGUUUCAGCCCACCCGAUCUCU